GAAAAUUGUUCUUUUUAUAAAUAUCGAUAUCUUUCAACAUUGAAACACAUCAGUAAAAAAUUAACUUAUAGUAAUAAGUCGAUACAGACUUAUAAUAAUAAGUAGAUACAGAAAAUAAAAUAAAUAGCUUUUAAUAGCCAUUAGUUAUUUUAUUUUUUUUUUUUACUAUUUUCUUUAUUAGAACAAUUUGUUCAUAUACAAAAUAUAAAACAUGGAAAUAUCAGAGGAAAAUGGUGUUGUUAAAGAACGUUAUAACAAUAUAAAAAAAUCAGAUAAUGAUAGUAGAUCAUAUCGAGGUUUGAUAUUAAAUAAUGAUAUGAAAGUUAUGCUUAUAAGCGAUCCAACAACACAAAAAAGUGCUGCUGCGUUAAAUAUUAACAUUGGAGUUAUGAAUGAUCCGGAUGAAUUGCCAGGAUUGGCUAAUUUUUGUGAACAUAUGUUAUUUUUUGGAUCAGAAAAAUAUUCUGAUAAAAACGAAUACGUCACAUAUAUAUCAGAUCACAAUGGUCAUUAUAAUGCUACAGUAGAUUUUGACUAUACUGCAUAUUACUUUGAUGUCGCAUCUGAAUAUUUCGAAGGAGCAUUAGAUCGAUUAGCCCAAUUUUUUUUAAACCCACUUUUCAAUGAAUCAGUAGUCGACUCUGAGGUUAAUAAUAUUAAUUCAGAGUUUGAAAUGCGAUUAAACGAUGAUGAUGCUCGUAUUGAUCAGAUAAUACGCUCAUCAAUAGAUCCAAAACACCCGUAUGCUAAAUUUUCCACAGGAAAUAAAAAUACCUUGAUUGAUAAUCCUAAACAAAUGGGAAUAGAUAUACGAAGCGAAUUAAUUAAAUUUUAUAAAACAUGGUACUCAUCUAACCUAAUGGCGCUUACUGUUUUCGGAAACCAAAGUCUUGAUGAGCUAGAAGAAAUCGUUACCAAAAAAUUUUCAGAGGUAAUCAAUAAAAAUGUACAGCUCCCAUCAUUGACUGAUUACCCUCCGAACGACGAAUCUUAUAUGCAUAAUUGGUCCAUUGUACCAGUUAGAAACGAAAACAAAUUAACUGUAUUAUUUCCAAUGCCUACUUUGGCUUAUAAUGAUUACUAUAAUUCUUCACCGAUCGAAUUUUUUAGCGCACUUUUUAAUACAGUGGGAGAUGCAUCAUUAUCAUCGGUCCUAAAGAAACAGGGAUUGAUAACAGAAAUUACAACUACAAGCAUGGAAAAACACUGGGGAGGUACAUUUUCAUUGUUAUGUAUCAAUAUAAAAUUAACUGACACGGGUUUAAAUAAAAUUGACGAUAUAAUGAUGUUAAUAUUUCAAUACAUUCAAAUGUUACGACCUAAUGAACAUCUAGAGUCAUUCUUUAAUGAGUGUCAGCAGAUGGAUAAAAUGAAGUUUGAUUUUGAAAGUAAAAUUGAACCAAUAAAUUAUGUUCUAUCAGUAGCACACAAUUUACGACUACAUCCUGUUGAAAAUGUUCUCACCAAAGGUGAUCGUUUCAGCAAAUGGAAUCCAAAUGUCAUUAACUCAGUAUUAGAUAAUUUAGUACCACAAAAAGUUCGAAUUUACAUUACAGCAAAAGAUUUUGAAAACAUUGCCAAUGAAACCGAACAAUGGUAUGGUACUCGCUAUAAAAAAAACAAAAUAUCUAAUAAUCUUGUUAACAAAUGGAUAAAACCAGGCGUUAACUUAGAACUAAAGUUGCCAUUAAAAAACGAAUUCAUCCCAACAUCAUUCGAUAUUAAAGCAGAUGCAAAAAAUGCUACAAUUGAUAAGUAUCCAGUGAUUAUAAAAGAAAAUCCAUUAAUGCGCGUUUGGUUUAAACAAGAUGAUGAAUUUCGUUUACCAAAAGCUGGAUUAGCAAUCAAAAUUGAUAGUCCAUUUUUCGUAAUGGAUGCAAUCGGUAUUAAUAUGACGAAAUUGUAUGUUGCUAUAUGCAAUGAUUUAUUAAGUGAUUGUUCAUACUAUGCAAAUCUUGCUGGGUCAAAGUUUCGAAUUGAAUCAGAACAAAAUGGCAUCGAAAUAAUAAUCACCGGGUUUGAUGAUAAAAUUAAUGUUUUAUUAAACAAAAUUAUUGAUACAAUGUUCCAUUUAUCAGUAGAUAAUGAUCGUUUUGAAUAUUUGAAGAAGCAAUACAAUAAUGAACUAUUGGAUUUUGAAGCUUACCCACCAUUUGCGCAAGGAAUACACUAUCAAAAAGUUUUAAUUAACAAUAACAUGUUACCGUUAGAUAACUUACCCAAAUUUAUGUCAUAUGUAACAAUAGAAAGAUUCAAAAACUUUAUGCAAAAUUUUUUCGAAAGACUACAUAUUGAGUGUUUAAUUCACGGUAAUUUGACGGGAGUUGAAGCUCAAGCCAUUGCUAAAUCACUUGGAGAUAAGUUGAAAAAAGAUCCAGUAAAUAAUGAGGAACGUAGUGCUUUUGUACCACUUUCGCCGAAACAAUUAAUGUUAGAUCGUGCUAUAAAUCUUAAUGAUGGCUGUAAUUUUUCUUAUGAAAUUAAAAAUAAAACUAGUCCUGAAUCGUCAAUUGUUGUGUACUAUCAAACUGGAGUAAUUUCAACAGAAUCCGAUAUGCUUCUCGCAUUGCUUAAUCAAAUUAUUGCACAACAAGUUUUUAAUAUCUUACGAACCCAAGAACAACUCGGUUAUAUGAUUUUCUCAGAGAUUACUCAAAGUGCAUGUGAAAAAGGACUUUCAAUUAUAGUACAAAGCGAAAAACAUCCGAAAUUUUUGGAUGAACGAAUUGAAGCAUUUUUAGAGUCUAUGAAGACUUUUUUGAUGAAUAUGUCCGAAAGUGAUUUUGAUAAUUACAAAAUGUCGUUGAAAAAUGGCCUUAUGACAAAACCUAAUUCUAUGCCAGCAUUAUUACUAAACUUCAAAACUGAAAUAUUCGGACAAAGCUAUGAAUUUCAACGUAAUAUUAUGAACGUUAACUGCAUGGAAGAAAUCACAAAACAAGAAAUUAUUCAAUUUUUUGAGGAAAAAUUUAUAAACAAAACAAGUAGGCGCAAAGUGGCUGUUUACGUUGUUUCUACAAUAACUCAUAAAAACGGAUCAGAAAGUCCAGAUCAACCGAAAUCUAACGGAAGUAGACUUUUACCUAUGCCAGCAAUAAUAAGCAACAUAGAUGAAUUCAAAGCUGGACAAUCGCUUUACUCACUUUUAAAAAACAAUUAUUGAUUAGAAAAUUUAUAAGUUUAUUCAAUUAAAAAUUUAGAUAAAUUAUAUAAUGUUACAAUAUAUACUUUGAUAGUGUAUAUAUUGAAUUGAAUGCAAUUAUAAUAAACUUUAUCUCAAUUACGAUAAUAAAAAAAAAUGUUUAAAA